UCCACAUCUAUCUGAAACCAAAUUCCCUCCUUCCCUCGUUUUCUGCUCUCGCCUGCCUCUACGCCCCUAACGCUUUCUUUUUUCUUCCAAACCCUUUUUUUCUCUCUCUAAACCCCACUUUCUCUCUCUAAAACCCUAGUCCUCUCCGAUCCUCUCCGUUUCCCUCCAACUUUUACCUCAAUUCUGAUUUCCCGCCGGGACCACAACCGGUUUCUCCGCUUCAUGUCCGCCGGCGCUGGAGCUUCCGACCGCCGUGCAUCGCCGCCGAGGGAGACUGCCGGCGCCCCGAACCGGCCGCCGAUGAAGCGCCACCUGACCUUCGUGACGAAACCGCCGUUUGCUCCGCCGGAUGAAUACCACAGCUUUUCGGCUUCCGACUCUCGGAGAGUCUCUGCCGAUCGCGAGGCUGAAGCCGUCGUCGUUAGAUCUCCGUUCAUGAAGCGGAAGAGCGGAAUGAAUGACAGCGAAGGAGAUUCACACUCUCAAAAGUGGAGUAACAGCCCUGGAUACGCUAACGUAAUAAAUAGUCCCUUCAAAACUCCUGUGUCUGCAAAAGGAGGAAGGACACAUAAACCAAAGGCUUCCAAAGAAGGCAAAUCAUGUCCUCCGACACCCAUCCCAAAUGCCGGUUCCCCUUCUCCUCCUACUCCUGCUGGCAGCUGUCGUUAUGACAGUUCCUUAGGUCUCUUGACAAAAAAGUUCAUCAAUUUGGUCAAACACGCAGAGGAUGGUAUUCUUGACCUAAAUAAAGCAGCAGAAACUCUGGAGGUGCAAAAAAGGAGGAUAUAUGAUAUAACUAAUGUUUUGGAAGGCAUUGGUCUCAUCGAAAAAAAACUCAAAAACAGAAUACAUUGGAAGGGAAUUGAAUCUUCUACAUCUGGUGAGGUGGAUGGUGAUAUCUCUAUGCUAAAGGCAGAAGUUGAGAAACUUUCAUUGGAAGAGCAGGGAUUAGAUGAUCAAAUAAGGGAAAUGCAACAAAGGCUUCGUAGUUUGAGUGAAAAUGAAAACAACCAGAAGUGCCUUUUUGUGACUGAAGAAGAUAUCAAGGGAGUACCUUGCUUCCAGAAUGAAACUCUGAUAGCAAUUAAAGCUCCACAUGGAACCACCCUGGAGGUCCCUGACCCUGAGGAAGCUGUUGACUAUCCACAGAGGAGAUAUAGAAUCAUUCUUAGAAGUACAAUGGGUCCUAUUGAUGUCUACCUUAUCAGUCAAUUUGAAGAGAAAUUCGAAGAGAUUAAUGGUACUGAGCUCCCCACGAGCUUCCCACUUGCUUCAAGUUCUGGGUCCAAUGAACAAGUAGUGACCGAAACAGUUCCUUCUGAAUGCAGUGGAAAAGAACUUGAACCUCAAGCUCAGUUCUCUUCUCAUGCAUACACUGAUCCAAAUGCUUCACAAGAGUUUGCUGGGGGCAUGAUGAAGAUUGUCCCUUCAGAUGCUGAUAAUGAUGCUGAUUAUUGGCUUCUAUCAGAUGCUGAUGUUAGCAUAACAGAUAUGUGGAGAACAGAUUCCACUAUUGAUUGGAAUGGGGUAGACAUGCUUCAUCCUGACUUUGGAAUUAUGUCAAGGCCACAAACUCCAUCACCUGGGUUUGCUGAAGCGCCAUCUGCGGGAGCAAAUUCUAGUCAGAGGUGAUUUUGAUUUGCCUAAUAGUGCUGUAUCAGAACGUAUGGUUAGCCUUCAUCCUUUGCACAGAGGGAAACUGCUUCAAUAGAGUGAUUGCUAGACUUGAAUGUUGAGGAUGCAUUUUGGAGCUGUUGAAGGUCAAGCUGGGAGUGGUUGCUAUACUUCAGUAAAAUCUUUGACCCUCUUAUGAAUAAACUAGUAACGGUAGACAUACUACGGUUGUAGAGGAUUUAGCUUGGAAGGUAGAGCAGUUGCAACAAGUUUUAUUACAGAAGUGUUGCUACUGUAUGAAAUGCGAACAAGGUAAAUUCCACAAUUAGUAUAAUGUCAUAUGAUUAGCCAAAUUUGAAGUCUGGCAUCAUGGUUCCAGGUUUUCGAAGAUGAGAGCAGCUAUAUAGAUGCUGACCACAGACAAACUACUAUUGGUGUACUAGAUAAUGUUAGGACAA